AAUGUCUUAAAAUUGCCAUAGAAAUUGAUUGUGCUGAAGGCGAGAUAAAUGCAUAUAACCUUAUAAUGGUCGCAUAUGCAUGCAUGAAGAAAUAUGAUGACACUAUUCUGUAUGCGCACAAGCUGCUUGAUUGCGGCAUGGAAAAUAACAAUCAGAAGGCUAUGAUGAACGCGUACYUUGGGCUGGGAGAAGCACAUCUUGCCUUGAAUCACUAUCAAGAUGCCACUGACUUUUUACAGAAAUGCAUUGAAAUAGCAAGGGAAAUAGAAAACAGACGUGUUGAAGUCGUGGCUUACCUAUUAAUGGGGGAGAUAUAUAACGCUCUUUCCGACUACGAGAAUGCAAUUAUCUAUUGCAAGAAGUGUAUUGAGCUUGCAAUAACUAUUGAAGAUAAACUUUCUGAGGCUCAGGCUUAUAGCUUCCUUGGAGAGGUAUACCAGUCUUUGGAGAAAGACGAUGAAGCCAUUCAGAAUUACAAGCAAAAUAUAGACAUCGUGAACCGUGUUGGCCUCGAAAAGCAUGAGCUGGCAAGAGCGUGUUUGUGUCUAGGAAAUAUUUAUAAGAGACUGAAACAACAUAAUGAUGCAUUGUAUUAUUACAAGAAAUUCAUCGACAUGGCACAAGAAAUUGGCGAGAAAAUGAUUGAAGCAGAAGCAUGUGUCCGUCUUGCGUCUGUAUACAGCGUUGUAUCAGUUGAUAAGGAAAAUGCCAUCCAAUACGGUAAGAAACGCCUGGACAUCUCUGAAGAAAUUGGCGACAAAACAACUGAGAUGCAAGGACAUCUUAUUCUCUCUAAAGCAUAUAUGGACGUGCAGUUGAAUGAAGCGUCUCAGAGUAUAGAUGCAGGCAUGGCGAUUGCUAUAGAGCUUGGAGACAAAGAAUAUGAAGAAAAGUUCAAACUGAGUCGCUUUAAUUUUCACUGCAGAGUUGGUUGGUUGGACAAAUGUUAUGCACCCUCAUUAAAGGAAUUAUUAGAGGUACCAACAUGUUCUGAAGAUGACCUAUUACAGGAUCUUGACAAAGCGCUGAAGACAGGCGAUAAAACAAAGAAAACGAGAGCUUUAGUGAGGCUUUUCACAUUUAAUUUUUCUAAAAAAGAAUAUAUAAAAGCAAUCAAUUGCUUUGAGCAGAUAAAACAGAUGGACUUGGAACCUUGUAUAAACUUGUGGUGUUUCACACAAAUCGGGAACUUGUAUCAUUUGAUGGGUCAGAAUGACAUGGCUUUACGCAGUUUCAAAGAAGGGCUACCUACUGCCGAGUCUUGUCCUGAUACUGUUGGGUACCUAUCCAACUUUUAUUAUUUCUUUGGUCAAUUAUUGUAUUUCUUGAACAGAGAACUGAACUUGGCAGAACAUUAUCUAAGAAAAGCUAUACGAUGCUUUGAAGCGACCUUUACCACACUUGGUAGUCUUGAUGAAUUCAAGAUCUCCAUAUUUGACGAAUAUAUCGAUAGUUAUAAGCUGUUGGCAAUACUGUUAAUCAAAGGCGAUCAGAUGGAGGAAGCGCUUUUAGUGUUAGAUCGUUGUCGUGCAAGAGCCUUGAAAGAUCUUAUGAUGUCAAACUUCAAGAUGGAACAAGAGAAGAGCAAUGAUGAACACCUAGAGUACAGCGAUGUUUUGUCUCUGGUCUCAGAAAAUGACUUCAGCAUUGACUUUUACUCGAUUUGUUAUGAUGCUUUGCUGAGGUUUUUCAUUGAAGGGGAGACAAAUUUGCAUUAUUCAGGUUGUCUUCAUGAUUCCCUACAGAUAGACGUCGAUAGGUUGUUUGACGAAAUGGGUGUUGGUGAGGUGGUUGACUGUGAGAACAGGUCGUUGGACAAGGAAGAAGAUAUUAAAAAAGAACAAAGAAGAAGCAAAGAAGAAUACAAGGGACUUUAUCAACCAACGGCAUCACUGCUGAACCUUGAUUCUAAAAGAGGAGAAUCUAAUGAGAAUAGUGCUGAAACCAAGGGAUCUACUCUAGAAGAUCUAUUUGAUAUCUUAGAAUGUGAUAGAAUACUAUCGUCGAAGCAAGACGAGGUUGUUAUUAUUCCAGAAGGUCCCUCAUACAAAGUGCCUUUUCCCGCCUUACGAGAUCGUCGCACGGGAAAGUAUUUAUCAGAGACAAAGCGCAUUAGACUUGCUCCUUCAUUAGCGACUUUAAAGGCGUUGCAAGAACGAUCAGAAGAUUAUUAUUCCAAGAAAGGCGCCUUAGUUGUUGGAAAUCCUCUUGUUGGUAAAGUCAUGUUCGAUGGUAAAGAGAAAGAGUUUGGUCCUUUGGAUAAUGCGUUUGCUGAAGCGAUCGCAGUAGGCAAUGUAUUCAAUGCGACGCCUUUGACAGGAGAGAAGGCUACGAAAAAAGCUGUUAUCCAGAGACUAAUUGAAGGAGUAGCUGUUGUUCAUAUCGCUGCACACGGCAGUCUCACUAAAGGUACGAUAGCACUUGCACCUUCUCCUGAGGUAAGAGCAACAAAGAUCCCAGAUGAAGAAGAUUACAUGCUGACCAUAUCUGAUGUACAGAAGGCUCAAGUACGUGCACAGUUAGUUGUGUUAAGCUGCUGUCACAGUGGACGUGGUGAAAUCAGAGCUGAAGGAGUAGUUGGCAUGUGUCGAGCCUUUCUAGCGUCAGGAGCUCGUGCAGUGGUAGCGUCUCUGUGGGCCAUCGAUGACGAUGCAACAUUCRAAUUCAUGACAUCGUUUUAUGGCAAUCUGAAAAAUGGGAAAAGUGCCAGUAUGAGUCUACAGCUGACAAUGAACGAGAUGAGAACCACUUCCAAGUAUACAGCUCCAAAAUACUGGGCGCCAUUUUUUAUCAUGGGUGAUGAUAUAACGCUCAARAGCAUUUAAAACGUGUUUGUUACUGCCGUUUGCAUUACUACGCAGACACCCCAGACACAAAUCGCGUCGUGUAGUUUGCACAUAGAUUGCUGUCAAUCAAACACCUCAUUCUACUUGGAYGUACUCAAACUCUUUGCAAUCGCUUUCGGAACUUUCCUUCGUGAUAUCUGACUGAGAAAGUUUGAUAGAAGAAAAGCCAACUCACUGAUCCAAACGUGUAUAAAUGGCGUCAACAUGAAUGAUUGACGGUAGUCUAUUGCGUAGUAAUAUGUACUUAUUGACUGAGUGGGAGGGCCGUACGGGAUAAUAUUUGGCUCRAGGUCAUGUCGUACGGACCGAGCGCAGCGAGGUCCGUAUAAAUGACCGAGAGCCAAAUAUUUUCCCGUACGGC